UGUGAAGGAACAUCAAUGCAGGUUGCUGAUCGUAGCGUCCGCUUUGCAGUGGAGACAAUCAGCAAGCACGGGCGAUCCUCUGGCUACCGUGAGUGGCGAGGGCGGGGGCGGAGGGGCCAGUGGAGGAGCCAUGCCUGCGGUGUCCACGGUCUAUGUCACCAUCCCCCAGACCGCCACCGUCGUCUCGGCCGGCAAUAAGGGCUUAUUCCAGCCAGCAGUCUCCAGCUGAGUGGUCAAGGCACAGAAGGUCUUCAGACUAUCGCCAUGACAAAUGCAGCCACAGCAGGAGGGGCUGUAGUCCAUUAUGCCCCUGGCUCUGACCCUCAGUUCAUUGUCCCAGUUGCAACAGGUGAUUUGAGUAGCCUUAAAAUAGCCACGAGUACAAGUGCUGGGCUGGCACAGGGUGUGGUUCUGGCAACCACUGGUUCAGCAGUUCAUGGUUCUGGUGAUCAGAUAGCAGAGGAAGCUUCUCGGAAACGUGAAAUAAGGCUUAUGAAAAACAGGGAAGCUGCAAGAGAAUGUAGAGCGAAAAAGAAAGAAUAUAUUAAAUGUCUGGAAAACAGAGUGGCUGUACUAGAGAACCAGAACAAAGCUCUGAUUGAAGAAUUGAAGACAUUGAAGGCUCUCUACUGUCAGAACAGUUGAUAGCAGAAUGUAUCAAAACCUUUCCUCCUUGCCUGGGUGAUGGCAUGGGUUUAAUCUCUGCAGUGAUAUGACCCGGGGCAGUGACAUAGUGUUAAGGAGGCUCAUCCACCUGAUCAGUGAAAAGUUGAGCUAUUACUCCAUCACUUAUUGGGAUCUUUGAGCAGGGGUCAUGGCUGCCCUAAUUUGUUAAUGGUUCACUUAGUUCUAAACACCAAAGCCAUUCAUUUAUUGGUGGUUAACAAAGCUGUUGGCUGUGUUGUUAAUGUGAGCAAGUAGUUAAAGUUGAGUGCUAUAUUGCAAAAACCUUAAAACCACUAACAAUUGAUUGGGCUGCCAUAAGGUGCAGAUAUAGGCAUCAUUUACAUCUAAUGUUUAAACAGGUAUUACCCCUUACACAUAGACAGUGCUUAAGGAUGCACCACCACUAAUAUAUUUAGUUCCAGGGAGCUGCAAAUGAGUACUGGCAAAAGAAGUAAGAUUUAUUAAAUGUUUAGAGAAAAGGGUAGCUGUGUUGGAGAACCAGAGUUAAGCACUUAAAGAAAAGCUAAAAUCCUUAAGAGAUUUAUCCUGUCAAAAGACAGAAUAGUGUGUCAAAUAUAUGAAUCACUGCUUGUGAUAAUGUGACCUGAAAUUGUCAUUAACAAACUAUGUUAAGGUCAACCUUCUGAGAAGCAAUGACCAAUUGAGAGAAGUGUCCUUGUUGUAGUGAGCUAGCCUGUAACCAUUGAGAAAAUGUUUCUCUCAUUGUUUUGGCAACCAUGGAACAGCACAGCAACAAUCCGGUGAUAAUACAGUACAUGGUUCCCAUAUUUUUUCACAUGUAGUGUUUAUACUAUCAUGGUUGUCAUAUGUAGGAUUUUCCAUACAUUUUUUUGUUAAAGGCCAGCUACAUAAUAUUUAUGAAUGAUUUUAUGACCUUGACAAUUGAUUGUAUGUGCAGGUCCUUGAGGUAGAAACCAGCUGUCCAAUGGGAUUGCCAAACGAAUUGGAAAUGUAAUAGAUGAAAGAAAUGAAGUUCAAUAUUCU